AUGGGCCUAAUACACCACUGGGGCUACGUUGGAGAAGAACACAUUGCUCAGACUGAGGACGGCUGGCUUCUAAAGUUACAUCGAAUACCGCAAGGUAUAAACGAAUAUAGUAAAACUUCAAACAAGCCAGUAAUUAUUCUACAACAUGGUUUACAAUGUUCAAGUGACAACUGGGUGUUGAACUUGCCUCAUCAAAGUGCCGGCUUUGUGUUUGCUGACGAAGGGUUUGAUGUAUGGAUGGUAAACUCGCGUGGUAAUACGUAUACAGAACAUACCAAGUAUAAAAGAGAUGAUGAAGAGUUUUGGAAGUUUACGUAAAUUGUCAUACUUAUUUUAAUACGAUCAAAUUUUCGCUUAUGAACUUAAAAAUCAGGUUCAAAAAACAUUUUAUCAAUUUUAAAAUGUAAUUUUAGAAGCGAUGACAUGCAAAAAUACGAUCUCCCAGCAGUGUUUGACCUGAUCGAAAAGGUGACCAAUCAAUCUCAUUUCUACUAUCUUGGCCACAGUCAAGGCACUUAUAUAAUGUUUGCCAAACUCUCCGAAGACUUCAACUUCAACCAUCGAAUCAAGAAGUUCUUUGCCUUAGGGCCAGGAAUUCGAUUUAAAAACAUCAAAGGUUCAUUUGAUUUCCUAUAUGAUACUACCACCUACCCAAUAACCUCUUCAUUAUGGAACUCUUUAGCCUAUUCGCAGUUAGGCAAGCCUAUUUUAAGUCAAGAAACUGUGAAGAUAUUGACAGAUUGGACUUGUAAAACACCAUUACAACGACAAUAUUGUGCUCACGUGUUUUAUUGGUUUUGUGGACCGAGUACUACGACUAAUACUACUAGAAUGCCAGUUUAUACCACUCACAUACCUGCUGGAAGCUCUACAGCUAAUGUACAGAAGUAUUGUCAGAGCAGAGAUAAAGAUACGGGUGGUUUCAGAAAGUAUAGGUAUCCAACUGUUGAAGAGAACUUGAAGGAAUAUGGACAAGUAAGUAAAACAAUAUGUAUACGGAUGUUAUAUAAUAGUUUGUAAGAUAUUUUACAACUUUUGUUACUUAUUUUAACCUUUUUUAGCUUUGAAAAACACUCUUUAGAUAAAAAUAUACAAAUGUCAAUUUACAUUGACAAAAGUUAUAGCUUGAUUGUUUCUCUUGGUUAAAGUAAUGCCAAUCAAAAUACGAUCAUAAACAUGAUAACACCUAUCUACCAGCAAAAUAAAGUUUAAAAAAUCAAAGAUAAUGCCAAAAAAAAACAUGACACUUUCAGAUCGAUCCUCCAUUUUACAACUUGACUAACCUUAAUGUACCGUUGUACUUAUACAGUUGUCCAGAUGACCAUCUGACUACUCAGAAACAACUUGAUGAAGAUUUGAUACCUAGUUUAAGGCCGGGAGUACUAAAAGAAGACAAUCGAUACCCAGGUCUUAGUCAUAUGGACUUACUGUGGAGUUUAAAUGCUACUGAAAGGGUCUACAAGAAAAUUAUUGAGACGAUACGAUUGGACGUGUUGUAG